AUGGACAUUUUAGGCUAUGCGAAGAGGACGAGUCACCAUGGUAUUUCUUUUCAGAGAGGUACAGUAGCGGGAUUCAGCUUGCGGGGAUACGCUGGUGCGGACUUUGCAAGCAAGGCAGUAGACCAUAGGUCGGUAUCAGGGGGGAUCGUGACGUGUGGAGGAGGCGCUGUGUCUUGGUUUUCCAGAACGCAGAAGUGUGUAACGCUUUCGACCACCGAAGUAGAGUACGUCGCGCUAGGUGACGUAGUAAAAGGGAUCUUGUUUUUGAGGCAGAUUUGGCGUUUCGUGUUGCCGCAGGUCGGCAUGGCGUGCAUCCCCAUCUUCGAGGACAUCAGGGGGCGAUUCAACUAGCGCAGAACCCCAUCUCUAACUCGAACUGGAAGCACAUAGAUGUAAGGCAGCAUUU